CCGACCAUCUCGAAAGGAAGAAAAAAAAAAAUACACGGCGGCGCUGCAAUGCCCCGUGGCGGCGGUCGACGACGAGCGAGAGGCGGAGGCGCCCCAACCGGAGGAGCCGUCGGGGGACGAGGUGGUAGAAGCGGGGGUCGUGGCGGAGGGCAAAGCGGAUCUCCGGUGCCGCACGGUCAUGGCGGGGCGGAAGGGGCGGGAGCGGGAAGGGGCGGGCGGGGCGGAGCCGCCAUUGGAGCGCAAUCCCUCGGCAAGAGAACACGGACUUUCUCCAUCCCCUUCCUGAUUCAAAAGGUGCAAAUAGUGGAAGUUAAAGACUUGGGACAGAGAGGAAAGUUCAUAAUGAAGAAACCCAGCAAUAUCAAUCCAUCCUACAAUGUGGAUGUGAUCUUGGAUCUGGACAUCCCGUCGUCGCAUUGUUUGCAGAUUAUGCGGAGGAUUUGCCACCCAAAUAUUCUACGUCUCGAAGGUUAUGUUACAAACAAAUCCGACAAGAUACCUGGAGUUUUUUUGGAACCACUUUCUGGUCGGCUCUUUGAUUACCUUAUGACCAGAUUUUCUUUGGCGAAUAAGCUUGACAUUGUGCCUUCACAGGGAUUCCAGCAUAUAGUAAGGCAAAUUGUGAAUGGGCUCGCCGAGUUGGCAGCAAAUGGUGAAUAUCAUGGGAAUUUGCGACUGGAGAACACUUAUUAUCAGAUUGUGGGGGACGAUUUUGUCGUGAAACUUGCAGGAUUUACCCGGAAAGAUUUGAAAAAUGUUGAUGAAGGUUUGAUGUUAGACUUAAAUGGUCUGGGGUUUGAACUUGAGGUGAUAUUAAAUCGUAUAAGAUCUGAAAACAAGCAAUAUCAGUGCCUUUUACUUCAGGAUUUGGUGGACAAAUUGAAGUCUUUCACUCUUGAACUUGUACCUAACUUCCGAGAAAAGAUUCUGGAUUAUGUAUUCUUCUGGGACAAGAAGAAACGAACUGCCUUCUUUACCUGUACUGUUCCAAAUAGACUAAAUGACCCUACAUUUCAAAAGAAGGUUAUCCAGUUCCACAAUUGUAACAUCCCAUGGGACAGUUCUCAUUUUCAUGGCUUGAAAGAUGCCAUGAAUGAUUACCAGUUCAGGAAGUUUAAAAGUAAAUACAAUGGUAAAAAUAAGGUCCACCAUUUCAGAUUUGCUAGCGGCGCUUAUACGCACGAGGAACAAAUUCAGGACGCCCUACCUAACAAGCUAUCGGUAGAUGAUAUCAUCCAAUUGUGUGACCUCAUGAUCUUUCUCGAAGCACACAAGCUUCUAUCUUAGGUGGUUCUCAUUUGAAUCUUGGUUUUCAUUUCUUAAGCAGAGUGAGGGGUAUAUACUCAUAAUGGAUGCUCUCCUUGAUGUUUCCACCAAAGAUGGGAAGCGUCAAACAAUAAGGGUAACAGUUCCAGACGUCAAAGCAGCUCCACCAUCGGCUGAGUUCAGGUCGUGCAAGUCCCAGCCAACUCCAAAGCCGGCGCCACUUCCACCUCAAGAGAAGUGAAUUUCACAUGGAUGUUUCUUCUGUGUGAAGUUUGAACAUACCUAGUCUUAAGUAUUUCUUCCCCUGUUCCUCAACAAUUACUUCCUACACAAUGAACCAAGUGAGCAGGAGACUCUUCUGGUUGUGUUGGAGAAUGAUACUAAUUAAAAUAGGUUAGGCGAGUGUUUACUAGGGUGGCCAUAUUACGAAACAUCAGCCUCACAAAACUCAAUUUUCCUUGCUAGCAAGGCAGCAUUUUGACCGAAAGAUCAUUUUCUUUUGGAGGUUAA